CCUUAAGCACAGGUUCAAAGGGCGCAUGCGUAAACGCUACGCAACAGCAGUGAUGAACGUUACUGCCAUCGAGGCACGACGCAGACCAAUCCGCCUCGGGGCGCAGCUUACCCUCUCAGAACAAGCUCGCUGCACCCGACGCCCCUCCCCUUUUCCUCCGGCCUCCCCUGACGGAAGCGGAAGCGGCGCUCGCGCACACUAGUGGUCUAGCUCGCUGGCUCCGGAAGCCGCGGUCCUUCACCCUCCUCGUUGGUCUCCUGUCACCAUGGCGCUGGCUGUCUUGCGGGUCCUGGAGCCCUUUCCGACCGAGACACCCCCGUUGGCAGUGCUGCUGCCGCCCGGGGGCCCGUGGCCGGCGGCGGGGCUGGGCCUGGUGCUGGCCCUGAGGCCUGCAGGGGAGAGCCCGGCAGGGCCGGCGCUGCUGGUGGCAGCCCUGGAGGGGCCGGGCGCGGGCACCGAAGAGCAGGGUCCCGGGCCCCCGCAGCUCCUGGUUAGCCGCGCGCUGCUGCGGCUCCUGGCACUAGGCUCCGGGGCCUGGGUGCGGGCGCGGCCGGUGCGGCGGCCCCCGGCGCUAGGCUGGGCACUGCUUGGCACCUCACUGGGGCCUGGGCUCGGACCACGAGUCGGGCCGCUGCUGGUGAGGCGCGGAGAGACCCUCCCAGUGCCCGGACCGCGGGUGCUGGAGACGCGGCCGGCGUUGCAAGGGCUGCUAGGCCCAGGGACUCGGCUGGCUGUGACUGAGCUCCGCGGGCGGGCCAGACUGUGCCCAGAGUCUGGGGACAGCAGUCGGCCCCCACCCCCGCCCGUGGUGUCCUCCUUUGCGGUUUCUGGCACAGUCCGGCGACUCCAGGGAGUUCUGGGAGGGACUGGAGAUUCACUAGGGGUGAGCCGGAGCUGUCUCCGUGGCCUUGGCCUCUUCCAGGGCGAAUGGGUGUGGGUGGCCCGGGCCGGAGAGUCAUCGAACACUUCACGGCCGCAUUUGGCCAGGGUGCAGGUCCUAGAACCUCGCUGGGACCUCUCUGAUAGACUGGGACCCGGCUCUGGGCAGCUGGGAGAGCCCCUCGCUGAUGGACUGGCGCUCGUCCCUGCCACUUUGGCUUUUAAUCUUGGCUGUGACCCCCUGGAAGUGGGAGAGCUCAGAAUUCAGAGGUAUUUGGAAGGCUCCAUCGCCCCUGAAGACAAAGGAAGCUGCUCAUUGCUGCCUGGGCCUCCAUUUGCCAGAGAGUUAUACAUCGAAAUUGUGUCUUCUCCCCACUACAGCACUAAUGGAAAUUAUGACGGUGUUCUUUACCGGCACUUUCAGAUACCCAGGGUAGUCCAGGAAGGGGAUGUUCUGUGUGUGCCAACAAUUGGGCAAGUAGAGAUCCUGGAAGGAAGUCCAGAGAAACUGCCCAGGUGGCGGGAAAUGUUUUUUAAAGUGAAGAAAACAGCUGGGGAAGCUCCAGAUGGGCCAGCCAGCGCCUACUUGGCCGACACCACCCAUACCUCCUUGUACAUGGUGGGUUCUACCCUGAGCCCUGUUCCAUGGCUUCCUUCAGAGAAAUCCACUCUCUGGAGCAGUUUGUCUCCUCCAGGCUUGGAGGCCUUGGUGUCUGAACUCUGUGCUGUCCUGAAGCCUCGCCUCCAGCCAGGGGGUGCCCUGCUGACAGGAACUAGCAGUGUCCUUCUACGGGGGCCCCCGGGCUGUGGGAAGACCACAGUAGUUGCUGCUGCCUGUGGUCAACUUGGGCUCCAUUUACUGAAGGUGCCCUGCUCCAGCCUCUGCGCAGACAGUAGUGGGGCUGUGGAGACAAAACUGCAGGCCAUCUUCUCCCGGGCCCGCCGCUGCCGGCCUGCAGUGCUGUUGCUCACAGCCGUGGACCUUCUGGGCCGGGACCGCGAUGGGCUGGGUGAGGAUGCCCGUGUGGUGGCUGCGCUGCGUCACCUCCUCCUUGAUGAGGACCCCCUCAACAGCUGCCCUCCCCUCAUGGUUGUGGCCACCACAAGCCGGGCCCAAGACUUGCCUGCUGAUGUGCAGACAGCAUUUCCUCAUGAGCUGGAGGUGCCUGCUCUAUCAGAGGGGCAGCGGCUCAGCAUCCUGCGGGCCCUCACUGCCCACCUUCCCCUGGGCCAGGAGGUGAACUUGGCACAGCUAGCACGGCGGUGUGCAGGCUUUGUGGUAGGGGAUCUCUAUGCUCUUCUGACCCACAGCAGCCGGGCAGCCUGCACCAGGAUCAAGAACUUAGGUUUGGCAGGUGGCUUGACUGAGGAGGAUGAGGGGGAGCUGUGUGCUGCUGGCUUUCCCCUCCUGGCUGAGGACUUUGGGCAGGCACUGGAGCUACAACAGACAGCUCACUCCCAGGCUGUUGGAGCCCCCAAGAUCCCCUCAGUGUCCUGGCAUGAUGUAGGUGGGCUGCAGGAGGUGAAGAAGGAGAUCCUGGAGACCAUUCAGCUCCCCUUGGAGCACCCUGAGCUACUGAGCCUGGGCCUAAGACGCUCAGGCCUUCUGCUCCAUGGGCCCCCUGGCACCGGCAAGACCCUCCUGGCCAAGGCAGUAGCCACUGAGUGCAGCCUUACCUUCCUCAGCGUGAAGGGGCCAGAGCUCAUUAACAUGUAUGUGGGCCAAAGUGAGGAGAAUGUGCGGGAAGUGUUUGCCAGGGCCAGGGCUGCAGCUCCAUGCAUUAUCUUCUUUGAUGAACUGGACUCUUUGGCCCCAAGCCGGGGGCGAAGUGGAGAUUCUGGAGGAGUGAUGGACAGGGUGGUGUCUCAGCUCCUUGCCGAGCUGGAUGGGCUGCACAGCACUCAGGAUGUGUUUGUGAUCGGAGCCACCAACAGACCAGAUCUCCUGGACCCUGCCCUUCUGCGGCCUGGCAGAUUUGACAAGCUGGUGUUUGUGGGGGCAAACGAGGACCGGGCCUCCCAGCUACGUGUUCUGAGUGCCAUCACACGCAAAUUCAAGCUAGAGCCAUCUGUGAGCCUGGUAAACGUGCUAGAUUGCUGCCCUCCCCAGCUGACAGGUGCGGACCUCUACUCUCUCUGCUCUGAUGCCAUGACAGCUGCCCUCAAACGCAGGGUUCAUGACCUGGAAGAAGGUGAGCCACUUGCCGGCCUGAGAGGGAGCUCAGCACUGAUGCUCACCAUGGAGGACCUGCUGCAGGCUGCCGCCCGGCUGCAACCAUCAGUCAGUGAACAGGAGCUGCUCCGGUACAAGCGCAUCCAGCACAAGUUUGCUGCCUGCUAGAAGCCCCCCAGGGCCUGGGACCCCACUCAGCAUGGCUGCAGGAAAACACAACACUCCACCCCCACCCCCACUUAAAGGAGCCCCAGGCAGAAUGAACAGUGUUCCUGGUGACGGCUGGGGGGGCCUGGCUAGACCUGCAUACCCCACUUGUCGAAGGCGGGCUCGUGCCGCCGGUUCCAGCGCUCCUUAAGCGCAUACUUCAGCAUCUUGUCACUGGCAUCCACACUCGUCACGCUGAAGCCCUCUUCCACCAGCAUAAUGGAGUCCACCCUGGGCAGGGCCAGUGGAGAGAGACAGAGAGGGGCAGUCAGGGGAGCCUGGGAGGGCCAGGAGACCCUGUGCCGGACACUUUUGUCUCCACUUCUCAGAGUCCAUUCCUCUGCCUCCUCUCCCCAGGCCCUCUCCACUGACCUCACAAAUCUAUUUCCUAUCACCACGAGGCAACUUUUUUUUUUUUUAAGGCGCCUCUUCAGAGCUAGGCACUCUACAAAUAUGCAGUAAUUCUCAUGGCAAUCCUGAGAAGUAAAUAGUAUUAUUCCCAUUUGAGAGACAGACAAGCUGAGGCUCCUCUAAGUUAAAAUAGGUGUGCACAAGAGGCAGCAGAACAU